AAUCGGCCUUAACCAUAGACAAGUAGCCAUAAAAAAAGAAAAGAGAAAAGUUUGUAACAUCUUAACUGACAAGUGUAUGAAAUAAACAGGAAAUGCUUUUGAAUUUUUGUGAUCCUCGUUUACGUCCAGAAAUUAAAUGCAGCACUAUUAGCACAGAAGGAUACGAAGUGACAAACUUAAUAGACAAUUCUUGCAAAGGGUUUCUGGCCUACUCUUGCAUCAAACCACCAAUUCACAUAGAUAUCACAUUUCUAUGCAACAUAUGGAUAAAUCAUAUAUUGAUUUGGCCGUCUGUUGGAUCACAAAAGUCUUCAGGGUUUCAGCUUUAUUGUAAAAAUACUAGUGAUAAAAAUACUUCAUAUACAUUAUUGUCCAGUGGAUUUUUGAAUCCCUGUGAUACUGGAUUACUAUUUUAUCCAGCUGAUAUUGAUGCUGAAAAGAUCUCUACACCAGCAAAUUUCUUAAAACGAUAUAUCAAAAUCUCUAUGCAACAUUUAACUGCGUACGCUCAAGUUUUACGUAUAACGAUAUGCAAAACGGAAAAUUCAGUACCAGCACUAGGAAAGAUUGAAGUUUGGGGUACAGUAUCACCACGUUGUGGAAGAGAUGUUGCAGCGAGUGCAUAUUCUUUGUGGGUCAAACAUCAGACUGCAUUAGCAUUGCCAGUUGUUGAACGUAAAACUGAUAUUACUUCUGCAAAUGUCACAAGUAACAGACAAGAGGACCAAGCAAUCUUUGAAGUUCCUGAAAGUUUCUUGGAUGCUAUUACAUGGGAAUUGAUGACUCAACCAAUUACAUUGCCUAGUGGCAAAGUGAUAGACCAAACUACAUUGGAGAAACAUGGGCAGAAUGAAGCAAUUUGGGGUAGACCAUUAUCAGAUCCAUUCACUUGCAUUCCAUUUAAUGAGCAUCGUAAACCAGUCAUGGCAACUGCAUUAAAAUCACGGAUUGACAAAUUUUUAUUGGACAAUAGUAAUAUGAAUGAGAUAAAAAGUAUACCGAGAGUCUUGGGUCGUGAUUCAAGUUCAGCUUUGGCAGGAGACAGAAGAAUAAUGGAAGUAUCAAAGUCUAUGUUAAGUAAUAACUCAUUAAAGAGAACUGUGGAAGAUACUCAAUUGAAUACAUGCAAACAAGCGAUAGAUAAUGAUUCACAAGGAGCAAAGAAAUUUUGUCAUCAACUGCCAGCAGUUGUCACAUGUCGUAAACAAUCUACUGCCAAUGCUAGUAAAAGAUCGAAACAGAUCGUAAAGAAUCUAAAUUUCUCCAAGUCAGUGCAUAAUAAUUCUCAUAGUAAUAAAAAUGAUAAAUCAGAAGUGCUGGUGGCCGAUAAUUUUGAUAAUUCUUUGGAUAACGAUGUCAGAACCCUAUUAUCGAACAUGAAACGUUUCAACACGCCUGAAAAAGUAGAAUUGCAUGUAUCUAGCAGCUGUAAAUGUUGUAAUAAUAGUAUUUUUUAUAGACUUCCGUGCAAUCAUGUAAUAUGUAGAAAAGUGUUAUUAUCUAUUGAAAAUCAAUGUAAAUCUUGUGGGCUUUCAUACAAAUCGAGUGACGUUGAACGAAUUCAUGAUAGUAUUUCAAAUAGAUAGCAGUAA